AGGGAGGCCCCACCCUACAGCUGUCAACAACCCCCUCACUGUCUGGCAUAGCUCCCACUCAGCCAUGCUGAACUUGUUUACAACUACAACUUGCCAAUCAGCAGGCUCGAAGUCCCCUCAACUACACCAGAGAGCCAAUGAGAAUGCUCACCACUUAUCCAGUCAUAUGAUGCCUCUGAUAAGAGGAAGUCUCUUGAUCCAGUGUGUCUCCCACAUACUUGGGAUUUGGAUAACAUGGGAAUGAUAUGAGACUAAGGCACAACAACAACAAAAAAGCAACUCGGGGGGAAUCUCAGGAUGAGUCAUUCCCGGUGCUCAGAGCGGCAGGGAGCAUUGUGAUAACCAGGAUGUGACGCAACGUCAGCGGGGAGAGGCCGGGACGUGUGUGUGUGUGGUUUUCAGCUACGGAUAGAAAAGCCAAUGAGCAUUAGCGGAGCCUCAGUCUCUGUGUAAGCUCUGGGGAGAGUUGCUAGAGUCUAGGAGUGUGUCAGAGCGUGUGUGUGCGUGGAGGAAUCUCUUCUACUUGUCCAAUGUAUGCAGAUGGGUACGGAUGUCUCUCUCCACACCACUCCAGGGUGACAUGCGCCUGCUGGCCCUUUCUGAUUGGAGAAUAUGACAGACACCUAGCGCACAGCAAAGGCAUGGCGACAGCAUACCUGGACCCCAACCUCAACCAUGCCCUGGCUGGGGGGGCAAAGUCGCGCCUUAGCGCGGGCACAGGCACGGCCACAGAGCGAGCCCCCGGGGCUCCAGACAGGGUCCUGAAGGUGUUCCAUCACUUCGAGAGCAACAGCGAGCACAGCACAUGGGCCAGUAACAUCCGCCAUGGGGACGCCACCGAUGUCAGGGGGAUCAUCCAGAAGAUUUUGGACAUCCACAAGGUGAAAUGCGUGGCGUGCUUUGGCCUGCGUCUCAGCCACUCCCAGUCCGGCCAGGUCCACUGGCUCCACCCUGAUAUGGGUGUGUCCCAUGUGAGGGAGAAGUACGAGCAGAACCGUUCCCUGGAGGAGUGGAGAUAUGAGCUGCGUAUUCGCUACCUUCCAAAGGGAUUCCUGCACCGCUUCAGUGAAGACAAACCCACACUCAACUACUUCUACCAGCAGGUGAAAAAUGACUACAUGGUGGAGAUAGCGGAUCAGGUUGAGCAAGAUGUUGCACUUAAGUUGGGAUGCCUUGAGAUCAGGAGAUUCUUCCGGGAGAUGCGAGGAAAUGCCCUGGACAAAAAAUCUAACUAUGAACUAUUAGAAAAAGACGUGGGCUUAAGAAGAUUCUUCCCCAAGAGUUUACUGGAUUCAGUCAAGGCCAAAACCCUGCGGAAGCUGAUCCAGCAGACGUUCAAACAGUUUGCCAACAUGAAUGAUGACCAGAGCAUCCUCAUGUUCCUGGAGAUUCUGGCGCCCGUCUACAGAUUCGAUAAGGAGUGUUUUAAAUGUGCUCUCGGGUUGAGCUGGGUCAUCCAAGUAGAGUUAGCCAUCGGACCUGAGGAGGGCAUUAGCUACCUUACAGACAAGGGCUCAACUCCAACCCACCUGGCCAACUUCACCCAGGUGCAGACCAUUGGGUACUCCGUCAUGGAGGACAAGGAGAGGAAGGGCAUGCUGCAGCUCAACGUGGCCGGUGCUGCUGAGCCUCUCACAGUGACCACUCCGUCACUCACCACAGCUGAAAACAUGGCCGACCUCAUAGACGGCUACUGUCGCCUGGUCAACGGAGCCACCCAGUCCUUCAUCAUACGGCCAUUGAAAGAGGGAGAGAGAGCAUUGCCGUCAAUCCCUAAGGUACCUAACAAUGAGAAGAAGGUGGUAGAGGGGGUGGUCCGGAGCGCUGGGGUGCGUGCCAUCUCUGUCUCAGAGGAUUGUAGUGGGGAUGAGACGGACGAUUAUGCUGAGAUUAUAGACGAAGAGGAAACAUACACCAUGCCUUCAACAGUGAGCUAUGGAGUAGACGAAGCCAGGGACUAUGAGAUCCAGAGAGACAGGAUAGAGCUGGGACGCUGCAUCGGAGAGGGACAGUUUGGAGACGUCCACCAGGGAGUCUACAACAGCCCGGAGAAUCCCACUCUGAACGUGGCCAUUAAAACAUGCAAGAACUCCACAUCGGACAGCGUGCGUGAGAAGUUCCUUCAGGAAGCAUUGACCAUGCGUCAGUUCGACCACCCCCACAUAGUGAAGCUGAUCGGUGUGAUCACAGAGAACCCAGUGUGGAUCAUCAUGGAGCUGUGCACGAUGGGAGAGUUGAGGUCCUUUUUACAAGUAAGGAAGUGCAACCUGGACCUGUCAGCGUUGAUCCUGUUCUCCCACCAGCUCAGCACAGCCUUGACCUACCUGGAGAGCAAACGCUUUGUCCAUCGGGACAUUGCUGCCAGGAACGUGCUAGUGUCUUCCACAGACUGUGUGAUGUUGGGAGACUUUGGCCUCUCGCGUUACAUGGAGGACAGCUCCUACUACAAAGCUUCCAAGGGGAAACUUCCAAUCAAAUGGAUGGCUCCAGAAUCUAUCAACUUCAGACGCUUUACCUCAGCCAGCGAUGUGUGGAUGUUUGGUGUGUGCAUGUGGGAGAUCCUCAUGUAUGGUAUCAAGCCCUUCCAGGGGGUGAAGAACAACGAUGUCAUCGGGCGGAUAGAGAACGGAGAGCGUCUGGCCAUGCCUCACAACUGCCCCCCCACCCUGUACAGCCUGAUGACCAAGUGCUGGGCCUACGACCCCAGCAAGAGACCCCGCUUCACAGAACUCAAAACCCAGCUCAGUACAAUCCUGGAGGAGGAGAAGGCCCAGCAGGAGGAGAGACUGAGGAUGGAGAUGAGACGUCAGGUCACUGUGUCCUGGGACUCAGGGGCCUCUGACGAGGCCCCCCCUAAACCCAGCAGACCUGGUUACCCCAGCCCUCGGUCUAGUGAAGGAUUCUACCCCAGCCCUCAGCAUGCUGGACAGCUCAACCAUUACCAGGUUGGGUACCCAGGCCCUCACGGUAUUCCCGCUAUGCCCAGUGGAGGGUACUCUCCCCAGGCCGGUGUUCUGGACCCUCAGGAGGCCUGGAACCACCACCGACCAGGAGACGUCCCCAUGUGGUCCCCCAACAUGGAGGACGGAGGUGUGUUGGACAUGCGUGGUCUGGGCCAGGCGCUGCCCCCCCACCUGAUGGAGGAGAGGCUGAUGAUACAGCAGCAGCAGAUGAAGGAGGACCAGCGCUGGUUGGAGCAGGAGGAGUGCUUCCUGAAGCCAGAAUCCAGGAACUCGCGGGGCAGCAUUGACAGGGAAGACUGCAGUCUCCAGGGGCUGACAGGAAACAUAUACCAACCAGUGGGACUGGGGAAAUCAGAGCAUGUGGCCCCUCCAAAGAAGCCUCCUCGUCCUGGAGCCCCCAGCCACCUGGGCAGUCUGGCCAGCCUCAACCCUUUAGAAAGCUACAACGAGGGGGUCAAGAUGCAACCUCAGGAGAUCAGCCCUCCCCCCACGGCCAACUUGGACCGUUCCAACGACAAGGUGUAUGAGAACGUGACAGGCCUGGUCAAGGCUGUUAUAGAGAUGUCCAGUAAGAUCCAGCCAGCCCCUCCAGAGGAGUACGUCCCAAUGGUCAAGGAGGUGGGACUAGCGUUGAGAACUCUAUUGGCCACAGUGGACGAGACCAUACCAGUGUUACCAGCAAGCACACACAGAGAGAUUGAGAUGGCCCAGAAGCUGUUGAACUCUGACCUGGCCGAGCUGAUCAACAAGAUGAAGCUGGCCCAGCAGUACGUCCUCACCAGUCUGCAGCAGGACUACAAGAAACAGAUGCUGACGGCGGCCCACGCCCUGGCCGUAGACGCCAAGAACCUGCUGGACGUCAUCGACCAGGCCCGGCUUAAGAUGAUCCACACCCAGUCCCGGGGGUCACACUAGCCCCCUCCGACUCCUAGCUCCUUGGGCAUGGAAGAUCUUUGAGGGGAGGGAGAAGGAUAUAAGAGGGAAGGGGGUCUGGUGCUGUGGAAAUGGGGCUGGUUGGUUUCAGCUCCCAUAGCAAUCAUAGACCGCACAACAAGUCACAAGUCAAGACUGCUCAGCUCGCACCUCGAUCAGAGCUCCUGAUACUACAGGAGAGAGACAGAACUGGUCACUCGACUCAAUCGUACCCUUCGACCCCCUUCCUGAAAACUGUUUUAUAGGCUUCUGUUCUGUCUGUCGCUGCUCUCCAGAAUGUUUGGAGGUCAGUUACAUACAAUCUCUUCUGUUUUAUUUGAUGUGUCGAUUGUUUUAUCCAGAGAUUAAUUUGAGUGUUUUUUUUUUUAAAUCCAGAGAUUAAUUUCAGAGUGGUUUUUUUUUAAAUCCAGAGAUUAAUUUCAGAGUGUUUUUUUUUUUUAAAUCCAGAGAUUAAUUUCAGAGUGUUUUUUUUUAAAUCCAGAGAUUAAUUUCAGAGUGUUUUUUUUUUUAAAUCCAGAGAUUAAUUUUCAGCUCACAUCAUCAGACGUUCUUCCAGGUGGCUGAUAAUAAUCACAGAUCUGAUCUGAAUACAAUUCCAACUGGAAGAUUUGAACCAUUGAAGAACUACAAGCUACAUUUGAUUAACAUUUUAUUACUGAGAGAUCUCAGUGGUUGGGAUGUCUGUAUUAAACACUAUUACCUAAGGUGUGCUACAGAAUCAAAGCAUAUUAUGACUAUGUUUUGGAUGCUCAUCAUUUGUAUUUUUUUUGUCCAUUCUCUGACACAUGGACUCGGCACAGUGAAUAAUAAAAUAUCACAAAAUGAA